AUGGCUAGCAAGAAAAAGCCACCUUCAAAACAGUCAAUCAAGUCGUCCUCCACCGUCUCUACUGACCAGAGUCAUCCCCCUCCCAGCUCGGCGCAAACCAAAAGCACGGCUCAAUCGUCACCACCUCACUCACGUUCCGCCAAAGCUCCGCCAGUGGAAGAAAGCACCCCAAUCACAGUAUUCGAGCUCAGCUUGCAGGAUGAUGGAUCGCCAUCCAAAGAAAAAUCGUAUAUCCGCCUACCAUCACCGGUGGAGCCUUAUCUGCUCCGGUUCUCGAUCGCCGCCGGGGCACGUGCGUCGAAUUCUGGAACACUGUACACGAACUUUCCUUCUGAAGGUAAUGCCUUCGAUCGCAAGCAGUUCUAUACACAUUCGCUUCCUCAGGAUACCUCACAACCCAUCCAAAUCGACUUGAAAGUAACCCAAGCCGGCGCAUUCGAAUUUUACGUCGAGUUCCAAGGAGACUCAACUAAGGGCGAGCAGAGAGUCAAAAGCAAGCCAGGAUACUUCAAUGUUGAUCCGGUUUUGACGGCUCCCGGUCGCCACAGAAUCUUGUCGGGCGAGCUCGAAAACUCAAAAAUCUUGCCCAUCGGAGAAGGCGGCCUUGUCAAAAAAGGCUCGUCUGUCAACAUACCUUUGGACGGCUUGGUUAUUCAGACCGUCAUAGCGAAGUGGAUGGGUAAAAUGAGUCAAUGGCCGAAAUAUAUGGAUGUGAUUAGAGAUCGUGGCUACAACAUGAUCCAUUUUACCCCUCUACAGGCCCGCGGGGAAAGUGGUAGCCCUUAUAGUAUCUAUGACCAGUUGCGAUUCGAUCCAGAGUUAUUCGACCAGCCCCCAAAAUCCGCCGAAGAUGAACAAAAACAACUGUUGGAUUGGUUGUCGAGACUUCGAGAGGAGUGGGGAGUAUUAAGCCUAACUGAUGUGGUUUGGAACCAUACGGCUAAUAACAGUCCAUGGCUGCGAGAUCAUCCCGAAUCAGGCUACAAUAUCGUCAAUUCGCCUCACUUAGAGCCAGCUCUUGAACUAGAUUCAGCUCUGUUGGAAUUAUCAGAGACAUUGGCCGAGAAAAGUCUUCCUCGGGCGGUAGAUUCUGAAGUAGAUCUCGAUAAAAUUAUGCAUUUCAUCGAGCACCAGACCUUGGCACAACUAAAGCUUUGGGAAUAUUACGUGGUUGACGUCGACCACGUUGCAGGGAAAUUCUCUCAAGCUUGGUCAAAUACUUCACGCUCCAAAGAACCUCAAUCCGAAGGCCCUGCUCACAUCGAAUGGGCGGAGUUUGAAAAGGCCUGUAUGAACAAUGAAGGGACUGGCUGGAAACAGGUAACGGGGCCUCGUGGCCAUUUAUCUGGGAAAAUCAAGAUGGAUUCUGCAGUUCGGUUAUUUCAAGACAAGGGGUAUGGUCGCGUGGCCCUUGAAGAGAUGAUUGAGACGCUGAAAAGAAUACUCAACGAAUUGAACGUCGAGCGUUACCAAGAGUAUGAUGACGAUGUCAAGGCAAUCAUCCAAAACACUCGCAGUCGAAUUCGUUAUACUAGACUAGACCCGCAUGGGCCGAAAAUGGGACCGAUUACCAAAAAGCGUCCUUUAAUCGAAAGUUUGUUUACACGAUUGGAGCAGGAUUCGAAGACAAAGAAACACGAUCCCAAGUGUCUAGCGUUGGCGAAUAACGGGUGGAUAUGGAACGCCAAUCCUUUGGAAGAUUUUGCUUCGGAAAAAUCGAAAGCUUACCUAAGAAGGGAGGUGAUCGUUUGGGGUGACUGCGUGAAGCUACGAUACGGUCGGGAACCAAAAGACAGCCCUUUCCUUUGGGAUCACAUGACGAAGUACACCGAGCUUCUAGCUCGCUUUUUUGGCGGGUUUCGAAUCGACAAUUGCCACUCCACGCCAAUCCAUGUGGGUGAGCACUUAUUAGAUGUUGCGCGCAGGGUUCGGCCAGAUUUGUAUGUGUGCGCGGAGCUGUUUACGGGAAGCGAAGAUAUGGAUACGUACUUUGUUAGCCGUCUUGGCAUAAACAGUUUAAUUAGGGAGGCAAUGAACGGGCAUGACCCCAAAGAUCAGAGUCGACUUCUCUAUAACUACGGACUUGGGAAGCCCAUCGGCUCGAUGGACACGAAUUGCUUGACUGAGCAGUCGGAAGUUUUGCUCACGUCUAAAAACGGAGACAAGUCCAAAGUUAAAUGCGAAAUCAUACCAUUACAUGGUUCCAGACCCCACGCCUUCCUGAUGGAUUGUACUCACGAUAAUGAGUCACCAGCCGAUAAAAGAACAGCUCGAGAUGCCAUUUCUACCGGCGGGCUUGUGGGUUUUGCGUUUUCGGCCAUUGGGUCGAAUAAAGGUUUCGAUGAUCUGUACCCGAAGCUUCUUGACUUGGUUGGCGAAAAAAGGUUGUAUGAGCAUGUCGAUGUCGAAGCCGGAAUUGGUCGGUGGAAGCGAUUACUGAAUCACCUCCACACUGAAAUGGCUCUAGACGGUUUCAAGGAAGGGCAUUUUCAUCAAGAACAUGACUACAUUUUGGCCCAUAGAGUCCACCCAUCCACCAAUGAGGGAUAUUUGCUUGUCGCUCAUACGGCGUUUCAUGGGGAUUCUAAUGAUCGGGGCUUUGUGGCGCCUAUGAAGCUCCGCCGAACGAAAGCAGCUUUCAUAACUGGCUCGUCUCUUGAGAUCCUGUCCAAGAGGGACCCAUCCGAUGAAACCGCUCUUCGAGGCCUCGAAUCAAAACUCAUACCGAUAGAGUUUGGCUCAACUGAAAACGUCAUCAAGCAAGGCUCUGAUUCGGAUGGAGAAUUCGUCGAGGUUAUCGUGCCCAAACAUUUCCCACCCGGCAGUUUGAUGCUGUUCAAGACUUGGAUGGAGGGAUUGAAACCGGAACAAAGCGAAAUGAAAGGCCGAAGCCUGGAAUCAUUCAUAGGAUUGGAAGCAAUCGAAAAAUUCGAGGGCCUCGAUCUAGUCGAUCUGAAUUUUAUCUUGUACCGGACGGAUGGAGAAGAACGGGAUUCUAGUGAAGGCCGCGAUGGUGCAUACGACGUCCCCGGCCUUGGUAGGAACGUUUAUUGUGGCUUAGAAGGAUGGAUGCAUCAUCUCAGGUACAUCAUCCGCACAAACGACUUGGGACAUCCUCUUUGCGCGCACCUGAGAGAUGGACAUUGGCCAUUCGAAUAUGUUCUGGAAAGAUUACGCCGAAAUUCCUACCGAUUUUCUAAGCUCAGCGGGCCAGUUGAAUGGCUUGAACGGAGAAUACAGCUUAUUAAAGCGAAAAUACCAGCGUUCAUGCGACCUAAGUACUUUGCCCUGCUUAUAUAUACAGCUUACAGAGCAAGUAGAGAAAGAGCGAUCGCUCUAUGCUCCCCCUUCAUUCGCCAAGGCACGGUUUUCAUACAUUCGUUGGCCAUGACCGCAGUUCAAAUGUAUGGCUUGGUGCCGUCUGCGUCUUUGGAUCCGAAAGAAAGUCUUCCAUGUGUCGCGGCUGGGUUACCGCACUUCAGUUCGGGAUGGGCAAGGACGUGGGGCCGGGAUUGCGCUAUCAGCGCGAGUGGCUUAUUUAUCAAGACUGGUCUCUUCGAAAUUGCUCGGGCUCAUCUGCUAUGCUUUUGUACGACUUUGAAGCAUGGCUUGAUGCCCAACUUACUAGACUCAGUCCGAACUCCUCGCUACAAUUCUCGCGAUUCUCCUUGGUUCAUGCUUCAACUCUUGCAAGAGUACGUGAAAUAUUGCAAGGAAGGGGAAGCGAUAUUGGGAGUUCAAAUCAAAAGACGAUUUCCGAGCUCUGAUGAAUGGGUGCCCUGGGAUUCUUCGAUCGCGUACUCGGAACAGCUCACGGUUGGGGAAGUGGUUGAAGAGAUUCUUGAGCGACAUGCCAAAGGAAUCGACUUUCGGGAGUAUAACGCGGGGCCUGCUAUUGACGGGCAGAUGAGUGACAAAGGCUUCAACAUAAGUAUUCACGUCGACUGGGCUACUGGACUGGUUAUGGGAGGAAACGAGAAAAACUGCGGAACUUGGAUGGACAAAAUGGGCGAAAGCGAAAAGGCCGGCAACAAGGGUUUUCCUGGAACACCCAGAGAUGGAGCUCCAGUAGAAAUAAUUGGCUUGCUCUAUAGCACGUUGGUAUGGGCCGCACAGCUUGCUAAGGCAGGAAAGCUACGCAAGAAUGGCGCCGAGGUAGAAAUUGACGGCAAAAAAGUUAAGGUGACUUGGGACGAAUGGGCUCAGAAGAUCCAAAAGAAUUUUGAGAAAUGUUAUUGGAUUCCAUUGGAUUCAAACGAGGACAAAGAUUUUGUUAUCGAUCCAAAGCUAGUAACACGCCGUGGAGUCUACAAGGAUGUGUUUGGUACACCCUCCGACCGAGCUCAUGCCGAUUACCAACUGCGCCCAAACUUUCCUAUAGCGAUGGCAGUGGCACCCAAGUUAUUUACUCCUGCGCGUGCCUUGAUAGCUCUGAAAACCACCCGAGAGGCUCUCAUCGGACCUCUUGGCAUGCGCACUUUGGACCCCUGGGAAGCGGACUAUCGACCGGACUACGAUAAUGCAAACGAUUCUUCCGAUUGGCUCGUUGCAAAGGGAAGAAACUAUCAUCAAGGCCCUGAAUGGGUUUGGCCUAUUGGCUACUAUUUGAGGGCGUUCUUACACUUCGACACAUUGGCUGGCGAAGGUCUUCAGAACCGACAAGUGACCGUCCACCAAAUCCAUUCCAUCUUAGCUGAGCAUCGCCGAUAUAUCCAGUCGGAUCCUUGGGCCGGAUUGCCAGAAUUGACCAAUAAGGAUGGGGCCUUUUGUCGCGAUAGUUGUGAAAGCCAAGCCUGGUCUACUUCAACGAUAUUGGAUGUUUUAUUUGAGAUUUACCAUCUAGACAAAUGA